UUUUCAGUGGGUGAAUUUAUAUUUAGUAUCAACAUUGCACCCGUGCAGAGCCGGGGCGGCUCGCUAGUUCAGUAUACAAUUACUUCAAAAAAGCAUUGUCCAAACUAAAAGGUUUAUGUCAGUUGCGUCGAGUCACAUUUGGCAACACUCUUGUAAUUCAUAAAGAAUGAGUGGAAUCGAAUUUACAUCAUGCAGCUAAACUUUGAAUAUGGGUUGACAAUUGCAUAAAAACCUAAUUUUUUGGGCUUUGUUUAUGGUCAAAUUGAUGUAAAAAUCACGUGAGAACUUUGUUGGUUACUUUUCUUCUCGAAUGAGGCAAAAAUGUAAGACAAAAACUAUACAAAAAACAGUUUUUACUGGUUACUCACAAAUUAAAAUACAAUUUUUAGCUCAGUUGAUAUUUUAAUAAAUUUGUCCGCACUAUAACAUCAUCCUUCCAAGAAAGGCAGCGAUUUUUCGAAAGUAAACAAGUACACAAACUCGUAGAUGUACGAUAAAAUCCUAAUAUCAAUAAAUGACCAACUAGAUGAUUUGAAAUGAAAUUACUCACCUUCGUGAAUUACAACUGCAUUCCCUCAAGUUUACCUCUGAUCAAUAUGAGCUCAAGUGAAAUAUUGUUCUUCUUCCUCUUGCCAUAUUCUUUUUCGUCAGUGCUUAUUUCACCGAAAAACGAAGAAUUCCUUCUAGGAAAAAUAAUGGAAAUGGUAUUCAGAUCUGGCAAGAUAUGUUUCGUCCACGACAACACCAGCAUCAGUCCCAAACUGGAAAAAGCUCUAACUCUGACUAAUUUCUCUCUGAAUUCAUUUUCUGUAGACUAUUUCACCUCUUCUCAGCUCAGCGCGGUCAGAUCAGAAUUACAGCAAGCUUGCUGCGACACUCUUAUAAUUCUGAGACAAGCUGAUGAUUUUCUUGGAAGUAUUUUCGAAAAAGACUUCAAGAAACAGAUUCCUGAUUUAAUCCAGCCUCAUUCCAGGAUGAUUUUUGUGUACGACAAGGCUUCGGAGAUUUCAAAAAAACUGAUGAUGAAUUUAGUCAACGAGUUUGCUAUUGAUGUCAUCACAGUGGAAAAUUUACAGCCGGAGAAGAAGUCGCAGUUUUUCAGCGUGGAAAGUGCAAGAGGCAAGAAUUUGAGGGUGGAAAGUUUAUAUAGGAACAAAACUAUUUUAUCUGUGAACCAAAAAAAUGGAAACGUUAAAAUGCGCUGGUCAGAUUUUGGAAUGAACAAGUGGACUCCGAAAUUUGCCCCCGGCAAAUUUUUCACAGUGUCGUUAUUUCAUUGCCCUCCUUUUUGGUAUGUUCAAAAUGGAACUUUGAGGAAAGGACUAGAAUCACGAAUAAUCGAUGAAAUCACGAAAGGUUGGCCAGUCAAGUAUUACGUAGAUGAGAUUCUUCAGAACGAAGACAAAUGGAACCACACACUGGAUCUUGUUGAGCAAAGAGAAAGAGAUGCUGCUGUCUGCUCUCACUGGCUGAUAAGAAGCGUCUCCCGAAGGAUACAUUUCACACAGCCAAUUUACCAAGUCUCCAUAACAUUUCUAGUAAAGAAACCCCAGCUUUUACCAAUCGCCACCUUUCUUUUCCAGCCUUUACAAGUCUCCGUAUACUGUGCCAUUUUUGGAGUACUAAUACUUAUGAGGGUACUACUCUACUGUUUCAGACAGUGGAGAAGCUACAGAAGUUUUUCAGAGACACUUCAUCUAGGUGUGAGAUCCAUCAACACCCUUUUACUGGUCUUGGCCGUCUUCUCCCUCCUUUGCUCUACGUACUACUCGGCGGGACUAACGAGCAAUUCGGCUCAUCCUAGAGUUACCCAAGACAUCCAUUCCUUGGAAGACAUGGUGGCUCAUAACAUACCUUGGGUCUUCGAUUUCGAAUAUUACCAAAAAUACUUCAGAUCCUUGGAUAAUCCCGUCUUGCAGCGGCUGGCGGAACUUUAUAUUCCGGGUCGGAAGAUUCUGGAUCGUACAGAAAACUCGGCUAUUUACGUCAAAGUCUUAGGAGAUAAGUAUGUCAAUGAGAUAGAAGAUCUGCCCGCCUCAGAAUGGAAGUACUACAAACUUCUGGGGGAGUAUAUAGGCCACUACUAUGCUGGAUUAAUCCUCCAAAAGAACUCGCCGUUUUCCAAGGUUUUCUCGGAGGUGUCUCAAAGGCUUUUGGAGGGUGGUUUGGUGCAAAAUAUGUUUGAUAAUCUGCGCACGGAAAGCCAAGGUUUCAUGGAGGUGUUUUUCACUAAAUAUGUUGAUUCUAUGGAGUACCUUUACAUUGAUCUGGAAAUGAUGCAGGGUGCACUUUUUCUGCUAUGCCUGGGUUGGCUGGCUGGCAUAGUGGUAUUCAUUUCGGAAUGCUGGUAUUCAAGAUGGAUCAGAACGAAAUAGAUUAGUAGUAAAUAUACAAGGACGCUAGAAAGUCUAGAAAUUGAUGGCGAUAUUUUAUAGAUACUGUGUACAAAAUAUUUCUAAAACACUUUAUUUCUUUUCAGUUUCAUGAAAGUUGGGAUUCUUCCUCUUUUCAGUCGUUUUGAUUCGUGCACAGUUUCUAGACAUUUUGGAAAUGGAGGUACCGGAUGUUAUAUGUAUGAUUACUCCUGAGGAAAUAAUGAUUAUUAUAAUGAAUUGUAAGAGUUGUAAUUUCAAUGCAUGUAAAGUUGAUAAAUUCAAAAUCAGCUGAGUAAUUACAAUCUUCAAGGAAGGUG